AUGCACUUCUCCACCUUCACCGCCGCCAGCGUUCUCGCUCUCGCCUCCUCCACCUUCGCCAGCAAGGUCGCAGUCAAGAACAACUGCCCCCAGGACAUCUUCCUCCAAAUCACCCGUCAAGACCAAUCCCACACUCAGCAAAAGAUCGCCUCCAACGGUGGCUACUUCAGCGAGCAGCUCAACGGCCAAGGCAACAGCUACGGCAUCACCAAGAACCAAGACUACUACUCCCCCAACACUCCCAAGCUCAUCUGGGGUGCUUCCGACAGCGCCGGUGUUGUCUACUACUCUCUCAACAACGUUGACGGCAACCCCUUCAACGGACAGAGUGUUAAGCUCACCGGCAACCAGCAGUCUUGCCCUGCUGUUACUUCUGUUGAUGGCAGCACCAAGGCUUGCUCCAACGUCAACGACUUCACCCUUACCCUCUGCUAG